AGCUUUUAAAAAUUGAAUCGGCUAGCUCGCAUGUGUUUUAUUCGAAGUUAUUAUUAAACUUCAAAAUUGGGUGAAAUUUUGAUCCAAAAUAAUGGCUCCUGUCACAAGAUCAAGUUUGAAGAAUAUUGAAAAUGAUUUCGGCGUUAAUAAAUGUACUGUUUUGAAGAAAAAAACACCAGAAAAGAAAAAAAAUAAAAAGUUGAUCAAGAAAAUCGAUGAAGAUUUUGAUGCUGAAGAAAUCGAUAAUGAUAAGGAUGAUAAUUUUGACCAUAAAGAUUAUGAAAUAGAAUCCAGUUCCGAAAACGAUGAAGACAAAAUGUGCGAUAGUGAUAAUGAUUUUAAUGUGGAAUCAGAUGAAGAUGAUGAAAAAUCAAAUAAACGAAUAAAAACCAAAUCUCAAACUCGUAAAAAAAGAAUAAAUCAAACUAAAAAUAAUGAGAAAAAAACACCGGUUAAAAUGAAAAAAAAUUUUCCUAUAAAUAAAAAGUUAGAUGAUGAUAGAAGCAAUGUUUUUAUGAAUCACGAUGAUGAUAAUGAUGAGGAUAACGAUGAUUGGGAAGAAGUUGAAGAUUUGGAUAUAUACAAAAAUGAUAAUGAUUUUAAUCUGGAAAAUUAUAAUCCAGAUAUUCCGGAUAAAAUUCAAAUAUCACUCGGUGAUUCAAAUGAACGACAAAAGAAAAAUAAAUCCAAACAUUGGAAAUGGGUUCGUCAAUGUAUUCGUGUUGAUAUGAAUCAUAAACGUAAACAGAAUCAAAUUCAUGCACAUCAAACACAUCUAUUAUUAUCCAUGUAUCGGCUUCAAUAUCUAAAUUCAAUAAUACAAAAUGAUCUAGUUAAAGCAUUGAUUCUAUCAUCCACAUUAUUUCAACAACUCGAAUCAAAAAGUAAAACAAAUAACGUUGAGAAAAUGCUUGAAUGGUUUCGUCAACAUUUUAAUAUAUCAAUAAAAAAAGGAAAAAAAUCUUCUGAAAAUAUUCUUGAUGAAAUUAUAAAAGCAUUCGAAUCGAAUAAAAUAACAUGUCCAUUAAUUUUACAUCUUAUAAUGGUUAGCUUUCUUCGUCAGAUUGGACGAAAGAUUCGUCUAUGUUAUCUAUUGUGUCCAGUGCCAAUAAAGGCAAUGAAUUUGCUUACAGCAAAAAGUAAAUUUGAAAAGAAUCGAUCCGAACCCAUAUUGGGUGGUGGUAUGCCAAAAAUUUCAGAAUCUCAAUGUUAUUGGCUAGAAAUUUUCGAAAAUAACAAAUGGAAAAGUGUCGAUUUUUUCAAUGAAAUUUACGAUGAUUCAUUUUCCAUCACAAAUAAAAGGAAAAGAUCAAUAACAUUCGUAUCAUAUGUGUUUGCUAUUGAUAAUGAUGGGUUUUUUGCCGAUGUUACUCAACGGUAUUGUCCAUUUUGGUAUAGUCGAAAUCGCGUUAAAAAUCGUGUCGAUGAAGAAUGGUUGCAAGUUACAAUGCAACCAUUUCAACGUUCAAAAACUGCAUCCGAGAUCAAAGCCGAUCAAAAUGAAUUUGAUAAAAUGUUAGAAAAUGUUGAACUUCCACGAUAUCGAACCAAUUAUAAAGAUCAUCCGUUGUUUGCAUUGGAACGUGAUCUUCUUCAGUAUCAAGCAUUAUAUCCACCCAAUCCACCACCAUUAGGUUUCAUUAAUGAUGAGCCAAUCUAUUCUCGUGAUUGUGUUCAGCUAUUAAAAUCUCGAGAACGAUGGUUACGUGAUGCACGUACAGUUAAAUUGAAUGAAAUGCCAUAUAAAAUUAUUAAAUCCCGGUUGAAACGAAAACGAAAAUCAUCAUCAAUGAUGAUGGAUUUCAAUGGCGGUGGUUGUGAAUAUAUUCGUGAAGAAUUGGAGCUAUUCGGUCAUUGGCAAACCGAACCAUAUAUUCCGCCUGUUGCCAAAAAUGGCAUUGUUCCUCGUAAUGCUUAUGGUAAUGUUGACUUAUAUCAGAAAUGUAUGUUGCCUAAAGGUACUGUCCUAUUGGAAUCGAAACCAUUUCUUGUACGAUUAGCAACCAAAAUGAAUAUUGAUUGUGCCCCAGCUGUCAUAGGAUUUGCUUUCAAAAAACAUCCAAAUCGAAUCAGUUUUGGACCGGUUAUUGGUGGCUAUGUUGUAUGUAAACAAUAUGAACAUAAACUAUUAGAUGCUUAUGAACAAUUUCGACAAGAACAAGAAGCUAAAGAUCAAGCAGCCAAAGAGAAACUAAUAUAUGGCAAUUGGCGACGAUUAAUUCGUUGUGUAAUCAUUCGCCAUAAUCUUAAAAUUAAAUACGGAUCAUAAAAAUGAUCAUAGAUGGCGCAUUGUGAUUGUAAUUUUUUUUUUAAAUAAAAUUUUUAAAAAUCAUGUUACUAA